AUGACAUCACCGUCGCUAAAAUCCAUCCAAAUGGACAAACUACCGUUGCCGGCCGUGAUCAGCUUCAUUCGAGCUAAAGUUCGAGAAGGAGAAGUCAUUCGAAUUGGGAACAAGAUGUUUUCAAAGGUUUUCUGUAUUGGACAAGUGGUCUCUUGUCGUCCUCUUCGAACGCUUGCCUCUACCGAAUACACCAUAGCUGAUCUUUCAGAAGAUGCUUCUGCUCUCAAAGAGAUCUCGGUUUUGCACCGUGAAGAGUCAUUUUCAACCGAAUCUGAUCACGUUCCGUUUCUGACAGGUUCCGUUGUCUUCAUUUACGGCAAACUUAUUCGCUUGAAAGGUGUUGUCGCAAUUCAAGCGAUUUGCAUGAGAAAGGUGAUUCAUUCUGACGAAUAUGAGUGUUUAAAGAUGGAAGCAUUUCUUGCGCUACAGUAUCACGUUAAGAAUCCAUCAGGACAAACACCCGUGCGUUGUGGGCAGGUUAGCUCUCUUCGCGCUUCUCACUUUACUCCACCGUCUUCAUCACCAGCAGCGGGAAAGCGUCUUACCUCUGCUACUGAUUCUCUCGCUCCUACUCCAAAAAGACCAAGCUUUUCGCGUUGCUCUGCUCCACGUAACAUGAUGCAAGGCGCAGAUACGAAAAAUACAAUUGGUACGAGACAGAACAACAGUGGUGAUAUGAAGGAAACCGAUAGUCAAGAUUCCUUUGAAGAUAGUGUGUGUUUUGAGAAAUGA